AUGAGAGCAGAAGCAAUAAUUACAUGGAAGUGGUGCAUUAAAAUUGCUUUAUGGCUGACUGUUUUACUUUAUUGGGUUGCUGGAUUUGUGUUAAUAAUCACAGGUGUGUGUGUGCAAGUGAAACUCCACAAUGCUUUUGUGAUACUGAACGAAGCUGCUUCAGGAAUAGGUGUGACCAUAACAGCUAUUGGUGUGCUUAUUAUCAUUGUGUCUGGCUUUGGAGCAAUUGCUUUAUUCAGAUCGAGCAAAGCCAUGAUCAAAAUGCUACACCAGACUGUAUCCAAAGAUUUAAUGAAGAUUCUGAACAAGUAUGAGAAGAACAGGCAGGCCACCAAGAGGGUGGAUAUUCUCCAGGCAGAGUAUCAAUGCUGUGGUGUGAAGAACUAUACAGACUGGCAAAAUACAACCUUUGGACUGCGCUUCUCAUCUGUCCCCAAAAGCUGCUGCAAAAUGCCUGUGGAAAGCUGUGUUACUGAUCUAAAUGAAGAUAUAGUUGGCAUCAAUCAGGAGGGCUGUCUUCUAAAACUAAAGACCUGGACUGAAAGAAACAUUUCUGCAUUGGGGGGACUUGCUAUUCUUAUAGUAUUUGGUCAGGUAACUGGGAUCCUGCUUUGCUAUAUUCUGCUGAAAAUAAUAAACGAAGACUGUGGUAAAACUGAAGCUUAA